CCGCCCUGUAUCUUCCUCCUCGAGUGCGAUAUUAGGAUGCCUUGCGCGCCUUUACUCAGCCGUUUGGUGCUUGCGUUGCUCGUCGGGAGUGUCUACGUGCUGUCCGUCGCUGCAUUCGAUCUGAGCUUAUAUGAUAACGUCGCCAGAUACUGGGGUCAGGAUUCAUACGCGGCCGCCAAUCCCGGCACGACCGACCUCCAGCAGCCAAUCUCGUUCUACUGCCAGGACGACGCGAUCGAUGUUAUCCCAAUCGCGUUCGUCGACACCUUCUUCGGCACGGGAGGUUAUCCCGUUCUCAAUCUCGCGAACACCUGCAACUCCACGAACAACACGUAUUAUUCAGGGACCGAACUAUUAAAUUGUUCGUUCCUUGCAUCCGACAUCGAGUACUGCCAAAAUCAGGGCAAGGCCGUGACCAUCAGCUUGGGCGGUUCUGGUGGAAGCGUGGGACUCUCCAGUGCAGCGGAGGCGGAGGCAUUUGCAGAUACCAUCUGGGACCUAUUCCUUGGAGGUUCGAAUGACUCUCGGCCGUUUGGAAGUGCAGUUCUAGAUGGUGUGGACUUGGAUAUCGAGGGCGGCUCGGAUGAAUAUUAUGCCAACUUCGUCACUCAACUCCGCACGUACUUCGAUGGUGCGGACAAGACCUAUUAUGUGAGCGGUGCGCCUCAGUGCGAAUAUCCCGACGAAUAUCUCGGCGCCGCCCUGAACAGCGCCUACUUCGACAUGGUCUACGUACAAUUCUAUAACAACCCCUGCGGUUUACAGAAUUUUGAUGAUGCCUCGGGAUGGGACUUUGGGUUGUGGGACAUUUGGGCACGAAAUGUCAGCAUCAAUCCCGAUGUGAAGGUGUUUGUCGGUGCCCCGGCUUCAAGCACGGCUGCGGGCACUGGUUACCAAGAUAUCGGCACGUUGUCAAGCAUUGCCAUCACCACGCGCAACUCGUUCCCGUCAUUUGGAGGUGUCAUGUUGUGGGACGCGUCCCAAGCUUAUGAUAACGACCGUUAUGACCUGGCUAUCAAGGAUGCGUUGGUCUCCGCGGGCGCCACUGGUUUUACGUAUCCGUCUUGCGAUGUGGAGGAGUGGACGAGCGGUUCCAGCUACUCUGGCGGUACGAACGUAUCGUGGAAUGGCUACAUCUGGGAGGCGAAGUACUACGCCUCUGAUGAGCCGACUGCCAAUUACAACGGAGACUGGAUGCCCAAGAGCGCCUGCUCUGGGACCGCUGCGAGCGGCGGCAGCUCCUCGUCCAUCUCCAGCAUCGCUACCGCGACGGCGACGAGUGCCAUUUCAACCGCGACCUCGAGCUCGGGCAAUUGUGCAGGCGUCGCGGAGUGGUCGAGCAGUACGGCGUACACGGGCGGGUCGGAGGUGCAAUACAACGGCGACCUGUGGACCGCGCAGUAUUGGACAGAGAAUGACGUGCCGGGCGGGUCGUCGGGGGUUUGGACGGACGACGGUCCGUGCACGUCGAGCGACGUCGCGGCGCGUGAGGUGCCGCCACCCACGCCCGCGCCGGUCGCCCCGCGCAGUAACUCCCGCUUCUUCCGGUUCUGAGAUAUCUGAGAAAGGCGUAUCUAUGCGGCUAUAUAUGACAUGAAUAGGUUUAUUUCCGGGGGUGCAGCACAUCCCACGACACGAGAGCGGAGCUUUAUUUCGGGCCACUCCUCCAUUGUUUCCUUGGCGAGCUCUCUUUCUCUCUCAUGCUGCUACGGACGCACUGGACGGCGGCCACCUCCCUCCCAUCCCCCAUCCCCCAUUCCCCUGGAGGCUCCGGGCUCAUUCACGAUGUUCAUGAAUGGUUGACGUUAUGGGGUGAUUUCUUGACUCAGGGUCUUUAUUGUUCCCGUACACCGUUUCCGUCCCUUCUUUCAACCCAGAAUCUGGCGUGCUGUCGGGCGCCGGCUCUCGAUGGGUCUGGUGCCUGUUCUCGCGCUGUGAUAGAUGCAGAGCGCUAUAUGACGAGUCGAGAUGGCGUCCGUUGUGUGUAUAUCUCAAACGUGUAGCAUUCUAUCAAAUUUUAUCUGUAUGCAUGCUGUUUUUCGG